AUGGGCUCAGACGGAAAUGAAGAGAAAUAUGGAAGGGAGAAUAUGGAGAGGCAAAGUUAUGGUAUGCACGGCAGAGGCAGAUCAAGGUCACCUGUCCGAUCUAAGGGAGACUUAAGAGAUAGGCAAGUUAGUCCUAGCGACAGAAAGUAUGGAUCCAGAAAUGACUUAGUUGUUCCCUGGAAUGCAUUGUUUCGCCGUCAUUGCUAUCUUGUACCCCCCUUAGAUGACACCUAUGUUUUGGCAUUAAGUGGGAAACAACCAGGAUGUCGCGCAGUCUUCAUUGGUGGUCUUCCAAGCAUGGCUGACGAAGACAUUGUCAGGGAGAUUUUCAGUCUCUGUGGGCCUAUUGAACAGAUAAGCCUAAACAGUGUUCGAGCAAGUACACAAGUAAAACACUGCCAAUUGCGCUUUGUCAAACUUGACUCUGUUGAGAGGGCAGUCAAGUUCAAUGGUCAUGUACUGGUCAUUGGAGAUGGUCGCGACAGAAAAACAAAAAUUGGUCGCAUUCGUGUUGAUUAUGACAAACUGCCCGGGGGUAGUGAAGAGGUGCAAAGUGGCAUGGUAGUCAAGGAGAAAGUGCAGCUGCCUCAAGAUGAGAAGGAACAGGAUUUGAGCUUUGAGUUUACACGCAAACAGGCUUUCCAUCUUCUGGACCUGAUUCGUCAUGAUCAGGCCUUAACAGAGUCACUUGGUACUUUAACACAUUGGUUUGAAAGGGGAGAGUGUAACCGUUCUACAGUGAAUGUGUUCCAUGCAUUGCUUAACACUGUCAAUAGUCUGAUCAAAAGGUUGGUGAGCAGACGGAAGGAGCAUGAACAACGUGUAGAGAAACAGAAACAACAGGCUGUGGAAAGAGGCAAUGAAAUCAAACAGCAAUGUAAGUUAAGUCUUUAAUGCUUAAUAUUUAAUGCAAUUUGACAUAAUGAUAAAUGUCUCAGUAAUCACUAUUCAGGCAUAAAAUAAUGCAUGCAGGAGAUUUUCUAAUUCUAAUCAUAUUAUAUGCGAGGGUGUACCACAUCACAGCAGAUGUGCAAAUGUUCCUGUGCUUAUGUUGAAAUAUAAUCAAGGUGUGAGUUUUAAGCAAGUAAAAUUAAUAAUAAAAAAAUAAUAAUAAAGUUCUGGGGUCAGCAGUUUUAAAGAUGGCACAUGACAGCCAUUUUGAAAGCCUCCACUGACUGCUUUUUCUUUUUGGUAAGAGUUCCAGUCUCUGAUUUUACGUGCAAUAAAACUGUGUAAGUAUUUGGUUGCUUGGAACAGACUUGAAUGAAUUUCUUAGGAUGGAAUUGCGUAGUGCUCUGUCGCCUUAUAACUUGAGUAAUGCCACUUUCCUUCUUUUCUCAAGUUUCUCAGAAUUUUCUUGACAAUUCCAGGAGUGGUGCUAUAUUCAUUUUUAACAAAGCGUGCAGCUCGUCUUUGCUUACUCUCAAUGUCCUUCAUCUGUUUUUAAAUGUGUGGAUCCCAUGGGUAACAUCCACUUUCAAAUCAGAGGUUAUGCUAAAGGCAGAUAGGCUUUCUCAACAUUUUCUGGGCAAAUCUUAUUUAGAUUUGCUAAGCAUGAAAGAAGUAAACAACAAAAGUAUCAUAUUUUCUCUUGUAACUGAAACGUGUAUAUUAAGUGAGAUUGUUUAUCUUGUCACUUGAUAAUGAUGCGACAUGAAACUUUGAAAUGGUGUGUACAUACAGCUGUAUGUGUGUAAUGAAAUAAUCAUUAAUUUGUGGCUCUUAUGUACUACCAUUAGGUGAAACUGUGUGCAGGGUUUUUGAAGCAGCAACGAAGCAGAAAGCAUGGGAUCAUUUCACAAAGGCACAAAGGAAGAACAUCACCCAGUGGCAUGGUGCCAUAAAAAAUGUAAGUGUACUUAGUACUUUACUGUUAUAAAGUUUAUUUUGCUGAAUCUUCCCAGGCUGCUCCAGUAAAGUUAGAUCAGAAGGCAAAAAAAUUGUUACAGUGGAACCUUGAUAUAACGAACCUUUGUAUAUGGAAGUCCUCAGUAUAACAAACAAUUUUCUUUACCCCAGUAAUAGUAAAGCAUGUGGAAGAGUACCUUGAUAUAACGAAACCUUUUGAUAGCGAAUAAAUUUUGCCAGUCCCUUGGCACUUUGUUAUAUUCAGGUUCCACUUUAUUAAGUAGGCAGCAAAAGAUUAGAUCAUAAUCCAUGCUUGGGGUACGUAUAUGUGGGAGGAGAGCUGCCCCAUCUUGCAUGAGGGAGUCCAGGCACCUCUCCUGGAGUAUUGUUAAUUUUUGCCGCUCUGAAAAGUACAUAUUAGUGGAUUUUUAGUACGUGGCCAAGGAUAUAAUUUUGCCAUCAGAAUGGCACCUUUGUUUCAUAUUUUCCCCAUCUUCUCUAUAUUUUAUAUCAUAUUAUGUUUUUUUAAUCAAACAUAAGCGUUAAGACAAAUACGGUACAUCAGAUUCAUUACCUCUCUUUAAAUUAAUUUUCUGUGAGUAGCCAGCUCCUCUGUGAAAUGUAGAUGGGAAUUGAUUGGCUUUCUCGCACCGUUUCUGGAGAACUUUCUUAAAGGUGAAAUUAUUUACCCUUACAAAAUGUCAGUGCAAGAUUAUGAUUUUCUGCUUACAGCCAUCUGCCUUGUUAUCAGUUGUAGCCAUCAACCUUCAUUGCCUUUACUGUUAUUUAAACCGCUCAGAACAGGCCACUUCUAAAAAAACAGCAGCAACAGCAAAUCUUUAAUUUCCUUUAAAAGUUAUCCAGCUUUUACACAAUGACAAUGUUACAUUAAUAGCAUGCCCAUUUAGCACUCGCAUAGAACAAUACAGUGAAACCCCGCCUUACGGCCACCUCAGUAAUACAGUCACCUUGCUAUUCAGCCACUUUUUUAGACGCCUGGCAAAAUGGCCAUACCUUUUCUUGUAAAAGAAGUCCUUGUUAAUACGGCCAAAUUUUUUUGUCCUCUUGUUGACCGUACUAACAGGGUUCCACUGUAGAAUACAAAUUUAAGGGUUGAACCUAAUUACAGACUGUUUAUAUACCUACAAUCGUUUUAGUUAAAGGCAUUUGUUUGUUGUAUUAAAUGUUGAUAGCGAGUGUUAACAUAUAUGUAUUGUUAGUUGCUUGAGAUAAUAUUCAUUCAGAUGAAGACUUGAAAUGGUCGUUACUCCACAAGUAUCUUGUUGAGUUUCUUUUUUCCGAAAUUUCCUAAGUGGACAAAAGGAAACGCAGACCAUGCCAAAAGCUAAGUUGUAGACUUUUCAUCAAAGAGCUAAUAUUCUUAUAGCUGUCAUACAACUCUUGGCCAACCUCGUACAUCUUCAGGUCUUUCUAACUUUCCUUGUUGGGUAGGUUAAAGGUGCUAGAAAUUCUAUGAUGCAUUCUUCAACCAAGACUCCUCCUUCUGUAGGUUUACAGCUGUAGUUCUAUUGAUCGCUUACCCAAGAACAUGAACAUUACCAACAUUUAGUUGUUGUUAAAAGAUAAGAAUCAUAAUAUCAGGGAGGUAAGGGUGGUGCAUUGCUGAGAGCACUCACCACUCACCAGUGUGGCCUGGGCUCAAAUCUCACAGUCAACUCCACAUGGGUUGUGUUAUGUACUCUUUCUUUCUCCAUCAGGCUGCUGGUUUCCCUCUCUCCUCAUUAAUCAAUAUUUUCAGAUUCCAUAUCAUUUGAGAGCAAGGAUGGCACAGUGCUGAGAGUGCUCACUUCCCACCAAUGUGACCUGGGUUCAAAUCCCGAUGUUGACGCCAUAUGUGGGUUGAGUUUGUUGUUGGUUCUCUUCCUUGCUCUGAGAGGUUUUUCUCUGGGAACUCUGGUUUUACCCUAUUCUCAAAAAACAACACUUUCAAAUUCCAAUUCGACCAGGAAUCAGGUAGACCAAGAACUACUUUGUGGAUGUCCUACCUCCAAAUCAUUAUUUAUUUAUUUACCAGUCUAGGAUACAUUAGGCAAAGAAGCACUUUAAGGAUGUGCUACAACUAAAUGGUUAUUGAUUCAUCAUUUUAUUAAAUACCUUGCCACUUUUUAGUUUUUCAUUGACAAGUGUUACAAAAUAAUGUGAACAUAUUUUCCCCCGCCUCUCUUUGAUAAGUAUUAGUUACAUCUGUGCGUGUAUGGGUGAUAAGUUUGACUGUCUUCUUUGGUUUGUUAUUUGAAAGUUGCCAUGGUUAACUCUUGCUGGAUUGUUACUUAAAACAAAGUACAUGCUCCUUGCAUUACACAGCAAUUUCCUAACUGGAGUCUGAUAGUCUGUGCAGAACACAAGAAACAGCCUUUAGUACCAAAUGAUUUCUUUGAGAAACUGAUGUUUCUCAGUUGUUUAGACUUUUAAGGUCUGUUGAAGGUUUGAUUGUUAUCACCACACACCCACAUUUUGGCAGUAACGUAGCAUGCUUCACUCAAGUGCCAUUUAUUUUUCCAGUGUGGCAAGUGUUCAUGGGGUGUAUUUACUUCCCACCGAGAAAAAAAAAUGUUACAUCCUUCAGUGAUUUUGUUAUCUCUAUGUGCUGCGUCCCUGAUGCAUAAAAAUCCCCAAAGACACAAAAUAAUAAUUUGUGGUAUUCAUCCCAUAGGACGCAGAGAGAGAUCAAUUGAUCAAUCUAAAGAUGUUUUCGUAGAAUAUCCUGUUUGUGUGAUUUCUGUGCCUGUGCUGUUCUUGUGGCUGUUGUUAAACGACUCAUUUCUUUUAGUCUUUGUUGUGCUUUACAAUAGAAGGAGUAUAUUACUGUAAUUUGGAGUUUUGGAGUCUGUCCUCAGAUUAACUGUGUGGUUACAAAAGACCCUGGGACUCAUUUUUUUUUUUUUGAACUGGGGCUCAUUGGUUCUGGACUGGGACUCAUAAUUUUUCAGAAGAUGAGUCCCAGGACUCACCAUAACUAUUAUUUUGUAACAGAAUCACUGAUCCUUUCCAGUCUAACCCCAUUCGAGUGCAAAAAAGUAGGACAUCACUGUUUACGUGGUCAUUCUGUAGAGUACGACCAUCCAAUAACUGCUGUGGCUACAAUCCCUCACUCCUUGAGUUAAUUGGAAGACUGUGAAGGUAAAUCAAUAGCAGUUCUCACUGUUAUCAUUGUGUGCCGUCCCCAGGAGAUCAAAUCAGCCAAAGAGGCUGAGAUCGAGAACCAUGUCGAGGUAGGUAUGGAUCUGGAUGAUGAAGUGCCAACGCUUGGCGGGCUUAUCGAGCAACCUGCACUGCAGACAUCAGCAGAGGGAGAAAAUCAACAGGAUCAAGAGGAAGAUCAAACAAGCCUAUUGACGACAAAAGCCAAGAAGCGGCGAGUGGAAGCUUCAGGUACUGUGUCAUUACACCACGGGCAUCUAUAAUUACAAAUUUACUCCUAAAGGUGGGUGAGUUAAUUAUGCACAGUGCAAACCCUUUGAUUGGUAACGGGAUGGAAUUCGAUGUGCUGCCGUUAAGAAGCUGUUAGCAAUAUGUCUGGUCUCUCUUUGACCAAGAGGACUGUUCCUGAUAUACAGUAUUACUUGUUUGAAGCUGGUUGUAAGAGAUUCAACUCUGUUGGUCUUUCUGUUGAACCAGGUACGUUUUUCCAGCUUCUUCCCCUCAAGGGUUACGUGAACGUACAAUAUGAAGCUGCUCUUGUGAGCUAAGUUUUUUGAUCAGCUGGAAGCUUAAUACUGAUGCUCACUCAAGCAAAAUUGGUCUGAUCAUGCCGGUAGUCGGAGUUAAGGACAAUUUAAACUACUUUUAUAGCUCAAUGCUGUAGUUAUUGUCACUAAGUACAGGUUCAAUGAGAACGUGACUAGAGCUCUUAUUUUUCUGUAGCUUCCGUCGGAAUCUUCACUAGACACAUGUGAUGAGCGCAGAGCAAAAUUUAUUUCAGUAGUCGAUUAAUCACGUUUUCAAAACCCUCAUCAUGUCAUUUUUUUCUUGAUAUCCUUCUAUUUUGUCUUGAUUGUAACUUGCAAAGUCAUCUUGGCCACCGCCCUUAGGAAGUAAUAAGUCAGUAGAAGUAACAUAUCUUAACAGUUAAGUGUCAACUCUUCUGUGUAAUCUGUCAGUGGAUAUAUCUGUUAGCCUUUGAGCUUUAACCCUCUCUCAUUACAGACGCUAUCAUUUUCUGAUUUUCCCUUACCGAAUCAAUAGAUGGCACUGCCUUAAUUGGAUUUACACUCCACAUUUUGUAACCUUUAGUUAGGGGACAACCUGCAUGAGACGGAAACAAGUUAUAAUCUUAACUCCCACUCGACAAUGUAUUUGUAUCCCAAGAUGAGACCCUCGAUCAUGGUCCAUCUUCUCUCUUAUUCUUCCCUAGGAAACAUAUAGAAGCAGGUAAAGAGAAUUAGGAUGUUGAUAUCAGGGACACCGGCCGUUAGAAGACCCCCUAAGCGGUUUACGGUUGGUUCGCCAAUGAGUCGUUUCGCCAACGUCCUGUUCGCUAACUUCUGAAGUCGUUUCGCUUAUGUGUUGGGGCAGUACCUUAACUGCUUUUACCUGAUCAGUGGCUGAAAGAACGAAGUAUAUACAUGCGUAUAACAUUUUGUUUGUGUCAUGGCUAAGAGAACGAAGCAUAUACAAGGCGAAGCCUUCGUUUCCCUUCUUAGCGAAACAACAUAAGACAUUAGCGAACGGGACGUUGGCGAAACGACUCGUGACACGUAGGCGAAACAACCGGCCACCCUCUAAGCUAUGGCUCGAACCACAGGCAAAUGCUAAAUAUUUGUUAACUUUAUUACAAGUGCAGUCAUUGAGUCGUCGUACUUCUUCCCUCAUUAGAGACCUUUAGAUUCAAGGACGAGAACGACUACGAGUGCGAGAUUUGACUUCAAGUUUUUUCGCGUAUUCUCAAAAUAUAGACUCCCCGGAAAGCUUCAUUUUACCAUUUUUCACUAGAAAAGUUAGCACCGUUACCUUUAGUGAAGGAGGUUGCACCCUGAACUGAUUGCAAAAUAAUAAAACUUUUAACAUUUGAUAACUUGUUUCCGUACUCGUCUUAGAAUCUAAAGGUCUCUAUUCAUUUGCGUUUAAAAUGUGGUAUCUGCUACAGAGAAUUGAGGUUUUAACAGUAGGGAUUAAAAGGUUUAUUUAUUGUAUUUAUCCUGUAGAAUCUGAUGCUGACUCAGCGGAUUCCCUGAGGUUAGAGAAUGAAAUACUGCGAACGCAAGUUGAGAGUUUGAAGGCAAUUGCUGAACAAAACACAAGUUUGAUGUGGUCCAUGCAAAGUUAUCAGUACCAGGCAGAGGAGAUAAGACAGCAGUACAACAACAUGAUAGUAGCUAAAGAUUAUGAAGUAUGGAAACCCUGCAUGAAAAUUCUUAGUCUUUGAAGGGUCUUAACCUAUUCAUUUUUGUGCUAAAUAAAACUAUGGCACCUUGCAAGGAGCGCCUCCUUUUGUCUUCUUGAUUGGGAAGGAGGGUAACUGGUCAAGUCGCCCGAAAGUUAUCUCGCCUAAAACCAGAAUUAAGUCGCCCGAAAUGCUGAGUCAUGUCGCCCGAAUUUUAUCAGGUGAAGUGCAUAGAGAAACAAAGUGAAUUUUUGUGAAAUAAAGAGUGUGUGUAACAUAUCUCGUUCUUUAAACCAUCAUUAGACGAAACAAGCGGAAUGAAUGUAUAACGUACCUCGCUCUUUAAGCGAUGAUGAGACGAAACAGGCGAUAUGUCAAGCUCAUGUGUAAUUUCUCUCGCUCUUUAACCAUUGAUGAACAACGAAACAAGCGCGAUAAAUGAGUAAUAUAUCUCGUUCUUUAAUCUUCGAUGAGACGAAACAAGCGCGAUAAAUGUGUAAUAGGGAUGCUAUAGGAUGUUGUUGAGUGUGAUAAGAUUUCGAGCCACCUAAUUCAGCAUUUCGAGCGACUUGAAUAAAAUUGUCGGGCGACAUAACUCUGAUUUCGGGCGAGAUUACUUCGGGCGACUUGACCAGGAGGAGAAGAGGACUCUCUGCCUGAAUCGCGUCAAGCCUUUGAAGUCACAGCAACCCGGAUUUCUGGACUAGUCAAUCUUGUUUUCUCUCGUCAAACUGGUUUUUUAAUGCAAGCAUCCAUUUAUUGAUAAAAUUGCUGGUCAUAACUGAGCCCGCCUUACUAAGCGCAUGGCUCUUAGGCCUGGAUUGGAAACUUUAUCCAACCAGUAUGCAGGUCUCGAUUCAUGCAGUCUUUCUCGAGUACAGCAAUAUUGAUCGAACAAGCGAAAGAAAGGCUCUGCUGGCUGGUUGAAACUAUCUUUUAAGGCUAGUAGAAUCCAUUUUCGCCACCCCCUGAACUGAGCGCGAACUACUGUAACUAUUCAAAACAUAAUAGAAAACACCCAAGCACGGCAAAUUUUUAUAACAUAAUUGAUUUUAGCUGAUUUUAGGGAAAUAAAACUCUAAAUACAUAAAAAAAAUACGAGGUAUUUUUUUUUAGAUGAAAGCUGUAUUAGGCAUAUGGGCAGUUACACGGUAUCCACAGCAGAAGUAAUUAUGAACUUUACCUUUUUUUCCUUCCUGUUAGAUAUUUAGUCUGACGAAAGCUCUGCAAGAUGCGAAUAUCCUCACUGAUCCAAAGGUAGUGUAAACGCAUUGAUAUCCUGUCCUUUUGUUUGAACCCUUCAAGCUCCAAGGAUGAUAGCCAUUAAAUUUAUCCUGGUUUGUAAUCCAGAAAAGACAUCGCAAUAUAGGACGUAACCAUACAAGAUGGAUUCUCUUGACGUGUUUUCAGCAACUUGUGUUUACUACUUUUUCGUUUUCGUUGUCUUCUCUCUUAGAGGUCAUAGGAAAAAAGUCAUAAUUACGGUCAUCUCGUCCGAAGUUAUGUCGCCCGUAACCAGAAUUAUGUUCAAAACUCAAGUGAAACCGUUUUUUGACCAAGAGUUAAGGCAAUGGAUAAUCGUGUUCAUUGCGCUUUUUCCAGUAGCAAUUUGUUGUUGUUGUCGCUGUUUAUUUAUAUUUUUUAGCAACGGUUUUUUAACUGCGGCAAGUUUAGGUCAGUUUAUGGUAGAGCGCUGGUCCAUUUUGCGGGAGUUCGUAGGUUCGACUCUCGGGGUUGGACCAAACCUCAGCUAAACCUCACAAUCUUCACAAAGGCGAUUCGAUUCCCCACCUCCUUCCCAGCUCAUCUUGUUUCUAGGCUCGUUCUCAAAACAAACGAAAUAAAACUUUAUAAGAAUGCAAGACUUUUCUUCUGAUUUUCAGAGAGCGAUGGCUGAGUUCGAAAUUCUAGUUGACCUGGGCAAGGAUAGCCAUAAUGUCACAGACAUGGACCUCGAUACAGAAGAACUCACAGAUGAUAACGAAAACGGCAACGAGAACAGCAAGCUUGGGAUGCUGGAUGAAAUUGGUGGAAUGGAAGAGUUUACAGAGAAAAACGCAGAAAAUGGAACUGGUGUGGAUCCUGCAGAUGGUAGUGGAGGUUUGCAGAGUGACAGUUUGGGUACAGAGCUGGUGGAAGUUAGCAACAGUAAAGAACUUUGUCUUGAAAGUUAUCCUGUGCAGGAGGUACCAGUGAAAGAGGGUGAUAUUGGGUACCCUGUUGAAAGUGAAAACGUAGACAUUGAAACAGAAGAAAAGGGGAUCAAAGAGGAACUGACAGAUGAGAGGCUUGAUGAAGGUAAGGUGGCAGAUGACAAAAAGAACAAUCAAGCUGAGGAAGACAUAAACACCGAGGGGAAGGCGGAGGUAUUUGUCGAAGAUGAGAAGAGCCACGAGGAAGAUGCGGAAAAACAAACCAGUCACGAAGAGAAAGAAACUGAAAAAAUGAAAGAAGUGAAAGAUGACAACGUAGAAGAAGAAGGGAGUGGCCGCUUUGUGGAGAUCGAUGACGAGCAGUUUGAAGUGAUUGAUGACAUGGAUGAGGAAGACAGCGAUGAUGAUUACAAAGAAAUUACGGCUGUGAGCAGUUCUCUGCAGGUCUUUGAUAACAGCGCCCAGAAAGUUCAAGACAAUGAAAAGGCUGAGUAUAUGAACAGUGACCGUGCAAACGAACAGCUUGCGAGUGAUUCAGCUAAUUACGCUGAGCAUGACUCUAGUACCCAAGAAAAAACGCAACAAAGCGAAGAUGAUUACAAAGAAGUCAACGCGCAGCAGCAGGUCACCACCGGCUCAUCAAAUUACCAACUAAAUUACGAUUCCCAGUAUCAAGCCUGGCUCUCAGCAGCUGUGAACAGCCGUGCAUCUAUGAAUUACGGACCCAACCAGGUGCGCAUCUCCGGAGAGGAGCUCGUACUUGUUGGUAUUAUAUGUUCCUACCUCCAGCUUUGCCCGCAGGAGCUACAAGUGGUGAGAUACGAGAUUACCUGUCGAGGCAGUUCAAGGAGCGAAGAAGGGAUGUGGUAGAUAGAUUGCUUUGCAGCUUGCCUGUUUUGUUCAAGGCAGAGGAUGCUAGUGGAAAUGCCAAGUGGAAGUUCUGUGGAUUAGAGAAGUUGGCUGAGGCAAAAGGCGAGAGCUGAAGAAACGUACAGAGACACCAAGCAGACAUGGCUGCUGUUCAUGCAUAUGUCGUAUCUGAUAGCAACUUAAGACGGAAUCCACCAGGACUUUGAGUAAUUUUGAUUUUCAGUGGACAAAAAUCUUGUACCAGAAUAAUUUAAGCAUACUGCAUUCAUUUGUACAUUUUUCAAGGGCAAAAGAUGUAAUAAAACAUCUGUAGUAAC